CCCACAAAGCCGGAACUCUCUCUCUCGAGCAGCCCAAAAAAACAAGUCACCUGUCCAGAUCCCCCAAGUCCACCCAUCCGAGAUCUCCCAAAUCCACCCGACCAAGCCAUGGCCGGCGGCGACGAGGAGGCCACGACGGCGCUGCUGCCGCCGCCAGCGGGGUCGGCGGAGGCGGAGCGCCCGCCUCCCCCGCCGGCCGACCGGCUCGGGGUCGGCUACCUCAUCUUCUUCACGCUCGGCGCCGGGUUCCUGCUCCCCUGGAACGCCUACAUCACCGCCGUCGACUACUUCUCCUACCUCUACCUGGGCGCGCCCGUCGACCGCGUCUUCUCCGUCUCCUACAUGCUCUCCUGCCUCCUCCCGCUGCUCCUCAUCGUGCUCGUCUUCCCCAAGUCCAGCGCCCCGGCCCGCAUCAACACCGGGCUCACCCUCUUCACGCUCGCGCUCCUUGUCGUCCCCGUCAUGGACGCCGUCUACGUCAAGGGCACCCCGCGCCUCUACGGCGCCUUCGACGUCACUGUCGCCGCCACCGUCAUGUGCGGCGUCGCCGACGCGCUCGUGCAGGGCGGGGUCAUCGGCUUCGCCGGGGAGCUCCCCGAGCGCUACAUGCAGGCUGUCGUCGCCGGAACCGCCGCUUCAGGUGUACUUGUCUCAGCACUUCGAGUGAUCACAAAAGCGAGCUUCCCUCAGGACCCCAAUGGGCUAAGGCAAAGCGCAAUCCUGUACUUCAUGGUUGGCAUGGUGGUCAUGAUCAUCUGCAUAGUGUGCUACAACGUGGCGCGCAGGCUUCCCGUCGUGGUGUACUACAAGAACAUCAAGCAGAGGGCUCAGAAGGCGGAGGUGGGCGGCGGCAUGACGGGGCCUGCCUGGAGGUCGACGCUGUGGAGCAUUGUCGGGACGGUGAAGUGGUACGGGAUAGGAGUGGUUCUCAUCUAUGCAGUCACCCUGUCCAUAUUUCCGGGGUUCAUCACGGAGGACGUGCACUCGGAUGCGCUCAAGGACUGGUACCCCAUCAUGCUCAUCAGCGCCUACAACGUGUUUGAUCUCAUCGGCAAGUGCCUGCCGGCCAUCUACCUCCUGCAGAACUCCAAUGUUGCCGUUGCCGGUUCGUUCUCGAGGCUCCUGUUCUAUCCCCUCUUCUAUGGCUGCCUGCACGGACCCAGCUACUUCCGCACCGAGAUCCCGGUCACCGUGCUGACCUGCCUUCUCGGGCUCACCAACGGGUACCUGACCUCCGUGCUCAUGAUCCUCGCGCCCAAGGCCGUGCCCAUACACCACUCCGAGACCGCGGGGAUCGUCAUAGUGCUGUUCCUUGUGGUUGGGCUGGUCCUCGGUUCGUUUGUUGCUUGGUUUUGGGUCAUCUGAAUGCAUGGGGCACCUGCCAUCCGCCCGCGUAUUUCGUAUCUGUGUACCAUAGCACGCUCUUCUUGCUGAUGCUUCAUUUUGCCCACCAAAGGGUAUGUAAUUUCUCAACUGUGCAAAUGUAUGUAAAUUUCCAUUUCAUGAAAGGAUGACCACUGUUCAUAUCAA